AUGGAAGAAGCAACUGGAUCCCUGAAUUUUGAGAAAGCUAACCAAACCCAUAACUGUUCCACAUUCUGCUCAGACAAUUCUAUUUCCAUGUCAGUUUAUGUCUUAUUGUAUGUUGCUGCCAUGGCUGCAGUUCUCCUUACAGUGUGUGGAAACCUGCUUGUCAUCAUCUCUGUUUGUCACUUCAAGCAGCUCCACACUCCAAGUAAUAUCUUGAUCCUCUCUCUGGCUACAUCUGAUUUACUUGUAGGUAUAAUUUUGAUGCCAUUAUAUUUCAUCUGGCUGAUCGAAUCAUGCUGGUUUUUUGGACUGAUAUUCUGUCAAAUAUUUAAUUAUAUCUCCUUCCAUCUGACUUGUGUCUCCGUAUAUAAUAUUGCUCUAAUUGCUGUAGAUCGGUAUAUUGCACUGUGCAGUCCUUUUUUCUAUUCAAAGGAAAUUUCACAGAACAUUGUAUAUGUUGUAGUUCUAUUUACCUGGCUGUUUUCACUCAUUUAUAACUUUGCUGUUGUUUAUUUCAAUGGUAACUUCACACAUUUUUCAGGAUGUCCUGGUGACUGCCCUUAUACACAAGAUGAGAUGUGGUCAUUGGUUGAUUUAGUUGUAGUGUUUAUUUUUCCAUGUGCUGUCAUAAUUAUUUUGUACAUGGGCAUUUUUUCAAUCACCAGGAGACAUAUUAAAGCCAUUAGAGGACUCAAUCAUAAAAGACAUACGGAGGAUGGUAAAAACCUUACAGACUCCACACGAUCUGAGAGAAAAGCUGCAAAAGUCCUGAGUAUUAUUGUGUCUGUCUUUCUAAUGUGUUUGGUACCAUAUUAUAUCUGCACUUCAUUGACUGAUGUCAUAAAAACAUCAUUAUUUUUUUACAUCAGAGACAUUAUCUUCAUUCUUUUCUACCUAAAUUCUUGCAUCAACCCAAUAAUCUAUGCCUUAUUUUAUCCAUGGUUUCAGAAAAGUACAAAACUAAUUCUGACAUGUAAAACACUUAACUAUAACUCCUCGCUUUUUAAUGUGGUCGGAUAA